UAGGAAUCCACUUGGAUGUGCUAGAGGGACUUAUGUGUUUCAUGCUCAAGAGUUAUUGCUAAAAGAAACAUUGAAACGAGCACCUGAAUGUUUUCGGGAGAAGGAUGUGUCAUUACCACAAUUAAAGGCUAGUUCGGAUCACAAAGUUUUCUUUAAGGUUCCGUCUGAAGGAUGGAAUGAUGAGAUCCCUACGCCUUAUGCUGGCACAGCCAAAGAUAGCUGGGAUGAUGCCCAUGUGUACAUGCCUUAUCAUGAGAACAACAGAAUGCCUGAGAAUGGCCAUACUUGUUCAAGGCAGGAAAGAAUUGUGCAGGCAUUAACAAGACCAAUUCCAAGCUCAUUUGAAUUACAGGAUGCCAUACUUUCAUACAACCCUCACUACAGACGCAGAUGGAACUUUGAUUCUCUUCAUCAAUUCUUUGAGGAAAGUGAACAUGGUGGACAUAUAAAGGAUGAAUUUUUCACAACCAUUUUGCCAGAGAUGCAGAAACUUGCUCUUCGGCUAUCUGAGCUUUGUCCUAAGGCAAUACCUAUUUUAAAGCAACGACGAAAUAUGAAACUCACCUUCAGCCAGGAGCAGGUUGCUUGUCUUUUGGCCAAUGCCUUUUUCUGUACAUUUCCCAAACGCAACUUCAAGUCAAAGCAUUGCCUGCUACCAGAUAUCAACUUCAGCAAUUUGUUUAGUGACUCACAAAACUCCCGCAAGGUGGAGAAGCUUGCCUGUAUCAUCAACUACUUCCAGAGGGUUACCAGUGACAUGCCAAAAGGAACAGUGACAUACGCAAGACAGCAUGUAGUACCUGAACACGACUGGCCAAAGAUGGAUAAGAAGUUUAGCAACCUUCAUGUGUCAACUUCAGGCACAAUUGAAGAUGAUGGAUGGGGAAUGCUUCAGGCUGACUUUGCUAACAAGUAUGUUGGUGGAGGUGUGUUAGGGCAUGGCUUGGUACAAGAAGAAAUCCGCUUUAUUAUCUGUCCAGAGAUGAUUUUGUCACGGCUCUUCACUGAGGCAUUGACUGAUAAUGAGGUUCUUAUUAUGACGGGUUGUUUAAAGAUUUGUUUACAUAUUGGUAGACACUGUGAUGUGCCCGUGUAUUCUGGAGACUACCGUGAUUGUCCUGACAGGGACGAGUGGGGCAGAAGAUACACAGAGGUAGUGGCCAUGGAUGCGCUUGUCUUCAACAAGUACAACAAUGGGUACAAGACUCAGUUUGAGAAGGAUAAAAUAUUCCGAGAGCUGAACAAGGCGUACUGUGCCUUUAGGGGAAACCAGUUCACUGUUCAUCUACCGGCCGUGUGUACCGGCAACUGGGGCUGUGGGGCUUUUGGUGGAGACAAACAGCUGAAAGCACUGCUCCAAUGGAUGGCGGCCAGUGCAGUCGAUCGAGAGGUUUGCUACUUUACAUUUGGGGACACCAAGCUGUGUGAUCAGUUAGGGCAGCUGUAUCAUCUGUUCAAGGAAAACGACAUACAAGUUUCACAUGUCCUGGGGUUCAUCAAAAGAUUUAAUGAUGACUUGAAGAACCCUGAUGGAGAACACAGGACAUUGUUCCAGCACAUUGCUAAAAUGAUUGGUGCGAAGCUGGAGGAGCCAAACAUAACUGAAGAAACUGGCGGCCAGGAUGUCAGUCUUGAUGAUUCCAUGGAGAUGAUUCAGGAUGAUGAGUAA